AUACAAUAGUUUUUGUACAAGUGGCUAUCAUGUGUGGUGUGGCCGUUAAAGAAAAUGGUGUGGGUAUGGGGCUCUCGUUAGUUGUAGUCCGUUUUGGCUGGCACAGGCUGCACAGCUUCGUUGUGCAUUGCAUCAUCGUGGUCGGGGUGUCGUCGCAGUCGCAGUCGCAUUAUCACCGAACGAAUGAGCCUCCAAAGUGCCGCCGCUUUAGCCGUUUCGUUAGCUAGAGCCGUGCAGAGCCGUGCCGUUUCGUCGUUGUCCACGUCCGACCGACAUCCGUUUGGGGUUUCUGCGGCCCGCAGUCCGUGUGAAUGGACUUUGUCCCCGACUCCCCGAUUUUCCCGAUUCCGCGCUUGCUGCACGAUCCCACGUCCCACGAUCUGUUGCUGUAACAAUAUGCAAAGAUUGUGGAGAGGGCUGGUGACCCGUCAACGUGAAACAUAAAGGAUCUCUUUGCUUUUGUGGGACAUCUCAGACAACGCA